GAGAAGGGAGAGGGGCUCUGGUCACUGGUUAGGAAGUUACAGAGAUCUGUAUUAGCUGCAGCAACACUCAAUUGUAAAACUGUUAUUUCGGCUGAUCUAUAAUGGACACAGGGCAGGGUUUCUGGACACAUCUGCAGUAACUGGUUGCAGGGGAAUUACAUCUUCUUUUGCAUAAUGUCUUCCUGGACCCUGGUGGUCCUUAUAAUCAGUGUAAUAUCACAGAGCACAGGACAAAUGGAAAACAGAGGUGUGUGUUCCAGACAGGUAGAGAAGAUUCCUGUCAUUUAUAACGAGACAUUUGUACAACCAAAGUACCAGCCGUAUUUGACAACAUGUGAGGGGCAACGGACCUGCAGCAGAUACAAGACAGUAUACACAGUGUCAACUAGACAGGUGAGGAGGGAAAUUUCACGUGUCACAUCAAUUUGCUGUCCGGGUUGGAAGAAAAAGGAUCCUAAUUCAGAGGCUUGUGAGGAAGCUGUGUGUUACAAGCCGUGCCAGAAUGGAGGAACCUGUAUAAAGCCAAAUAUGUGUCGUUGUUCUACCGGGUGGGGAGGUAGAUACUGCCAUGUAGAUAUAGAUGAGUGUAGACGCCCCUCUCAUCCCUGCUCACAACUUUGUAUUAAUACUCGAGGAAGUUUCCGCUGUGACUGUCGCCCGGGAUUUACUCUCAGUGAAGAUGGAAAGACUUGCAAAGAAAAAAAGAAGCUCCCCCCCAUUCUGUCUCAACAGGCAGAAGACGCAUCACGGAGACUUUCUAAUGAAGUUCAGGAUCUUCGUUUGCUCGUUACAAAUCUGGAACAGAGGUUGGACAACACUCUCUCUGCCCUGCAACGUCUCUUUCCGGUGAAGCUGUCAGAGAUCCGCUCUGAUCAAGUACUAGAAUUCUGGGAGCGAAUCCAAAGUUUGGAUCGUGUGGAUUCUCUGAGUGAUCAGCUCAUGUACAUGGAAGAGAAGAUGGGAGAGUGUUCCUGUCGCAGUAACGAGAUUGAGAUGGCUGUCAAUUUGAAACGUUGAUUCUUUAUCCUGUAUCUAUUUAUACCACCCUCCUUGUAACAUACUUAUUUAUAUGCCCUGUUCAUUAUUUAUAACCCUCCCAACUCUUUCUUAUCAUACCACGAUUAUCAAUAAAGAUUUCUACAAAAUAA